AUAACUGACUGCCUUCUUGAUCAAAAUUUGGUGAACAUCAGAUGUUUGAUUGUUUCCAGACUUUAGAAAAUCUCUGCAUUAUACGACGUAACAUUCUAAACUCCGCUCGAAACACUCAUUUCGCAACUCAUAAACAAAUUGUUACCCUAAAAUCGGAGAUAAAAGCAAAAAUGGAUUAGGUUCCGGCAUUAGCCGAAGUAAUCUGUGAAGAAGAAUUCCAUAACGUAUGUUGUGUGAAACAUUUUAGCUGCUGAUGUUGGUGGCAGUGGUAGCGAUAGUAGGAUGGUGUACUAAUUAACCAUAAACUGGUUUCAGCGGCAGCUAAUUCAGUCUGAUUUGCCAGAAUGACCAGGCCACAUAUUUGGUUACUUCUGUUUCUAACGAAGUAUGCCAGAUUAGAACCAAAUACACCACCUAAAGAAUGUCUGAAUCGAGGUAAUUGUACUCUACCAAUAUGGUGUCCAGCACACGUUUACUUCAAAGAAAGUGAAAAGGAACAUUGCAUGAUCAAUGGAGUUCGGAAAGGCCUAUGCUGUAACACUGGGAGGAAUUUCAUGCCUCGCACUAACAGUGGUUCAGCCCGCCACAGUCCAGAAAGUCUACUGGACUCGAAAACCAUCAGUGCCAUAUCACGGCAGAGCGCCCAUAGUUUGGCUGAACUGAGGUCCAACGAACACCAACUGCAUAAAUUUGCCGUUUUGCCAGAGUCAUCUCCAGAUUUUGGCCUAUUCACCAACUCCAGAACCUACGACGUAGCUGAGUUGGCAAAGGUGCAGAAUCUUGCUGAUCAGGCAAGAAGGCUGGCUUUAGCAAGUAAUGCUUUCAAGAGGAGGCGUUCCUUAACUGAUGACCAAUUUGAAAGGGAGUCUUUUGAUAUCGAUAGUACCCCGCUUAGUGAAGACUGCCUUCCAGAACCAGACUGUGUUGAAAUAGUUGGUGUGUAUCGAACAUCUGAUGGAUCAUGUAAUAAUCAGCUGCAUCCGACCUGGGGCCAAGCCCUUACAGCUAACCUGAAGCUUUUGCCACCAGCAUAUGAAGACCAUAUUUUUGAAGCUAGAAAAUUUUCCGUGACAGGUCAGCUAUUGCCAAGUGCUAGAACGAUUAGUUCCAGGCUCAUGAAGAACAAAGACGUAUUUAACAGCAACUUCACUCUCUUACUAGCUCAAUUUGGGCAGUUUAUUGGACACGACGUUUCCCAAAGCGUGGAUCAUAGUUUCCGAAACAGCAGUGGAAUUUCGUGUUGCAUGGACAGCGGAGACCACUGGCCCGAAAGGCUACGUCAUUUUGCUUGCCUACCCAUAGACGUAUCACCAAGUGAUGGUUUCUAUGGUAGACAUUUUGGAAGGAGGUGUAUGCACUUUAUGCGCUCAGUAUUUGCUCCAGAUCAUGAGUGUAGACUAGGUUAUGCAAGUCAGUUGGAUAAAGUGACUCACUUUAUUGAUGCUUCCACAGUAUACGGCUCUUCAGUCGAACAACAAGGUGAUCUGAGGGCAUUUGAAAACGGUCAACUAAAGGUAUUUCGUGAUUUUGGAAGAAACCUCCUUCCUCUGGAUGAAGAUUCUAACGCGUGUAUAUCUCGCAAAGGUGGUUCUGCUUGCUUUAAGUCUGGAGACACCAGAGUCAACAGCUUGAUAACUCUAACAGCGGUACAUACGCUAUUUCACAGAGAGCACAAUAGAGUUGCUCAAGCUCUGAGUGAAAUGAACCCUCACUGGAUAGACGAAACAGUGUUUCAGGAAGCAAGAAAGAUCGUUAUUGCCGAGCUGCAAACUGUUCUUUAUAACGAAUUUCUGCCCAUCGUUAUAGGGACAGAGGCUAUAGACCUUUAUGAUUUGCGAUUGCAAGAAGGUCCAAUUUAUGCUAUCGACUACGAUCCAAUCAUGGAACCUUCGGUGUCUAGUGAAUUCACAGCCGGUGCAUUUAGAUUUGGACACUCGUUGAUUGAAACAACAAUAACGCUGCUCAAAGGAGGGAGGGUGGAUCAAGUGCUGGCUUUCGUUCCAGAGACCAUGAACUACCCCUCGCAGAUGAGGCGGAUCGAUGUAUUCGACAUGAUACUUAUUGCGUUAAUCACACAGCCUGUACAACAGGUUGAUGAGAAUUUCAACGAAAAUCUCCAAAAGUACGUCUUCCGCUUCGGUAACUGCUUUGGUACAGACCUCAUAUCCAUCAACAUACAACGAGGAAGAGAUCAUGGAAUUCAACCGUAUAAUCGAUACAGAGAGCUCCUAGGUCUACCUAAGUUCACGUCGUUCAGUGAUUUUGGGCCGAAGUACGCUAAGACGCUCGCCACUAUUUACCCUUCAGUUGAUGACGUAGACUUGUACGUAGGCGGACUUUUGGAGCAAAAAGCACCUGGGGCACUAGUAGGGAGAGUAUUCCAGCAUAUAAUUGCAGACCAGUUUGCUAGACUCAAGAGAGGUGACCGUUACUUUUUCGAAAAUCAUCCCAGGAUCAACCCAUCCUACUUUGAACCAGCUCAACUAGCAGAAAUUCGAAAAACAAGUAUGGCAAGAAUUGUAUGCGACAAUGCCGAUGGAUUAUCAUUAGGGAUGGUACAACCGGAAGUAUUCAAAGUACCAAGCACUUGGUGAGUGGUUAUAAUUUUUUGUAGAAUGAGGCUGUAUGUGUAGUUAUCUUUUAGCAAUCCAACAUUCAAAAAUCCUAUGUGUAUUUUUUCAUUGACCGUGGAUUUUGAACCAUAUAACGUUACUAGAGUUGGAGAAUUUAGACUUACACUUCUGUGUUUGAAGACUAUUAAUUGUAUUUCAUUACCAAUAAAACUUCUUUGGGAAAUAUUACUUUUUUAGGAACCAGCCCAUAGACUGCAAGAGCAACAUCAUUCCAAGCAUAGAUCUGAGCAAAUGGAGGUCUAUCCAAACCUAUACCGAUUACGACGACUACGAUAACAUUUUAAUGCAAUAACUUGUUGUGAUUGUUAUAUUUUAUUAUUUGUUUACGUUGAUUAUUAUUACUGUAUAAUUAAGUUUUUACCUGUUACAGUUACACAUUGGAUACUUAUGGGUAGAUCAUCAAAUUACACGUUUUACAUACUCAUUAGUAGAAUAUAAUUCAACUAUUAGUUGUUGUUUGAGGGAAAACAUUUUAGAAAUAUAUGAUUACAAGUAAUUAAUCUGGCUUUUAAACAUCCCUCCUAUCUAUAUGUACCUGAUGGAAAUUUAU